AUGGUGUCCAGAUCAGGAGCCUGCGCAAAGAGAGUGAUAUGGGAAGAAAUUUUCAUCUCCAACAGUCUCAUUAGACAGAAGAUGGAAUACAUGCGGUUCCUUCGUAAGCGUAUGAACACCAAACUCUCUCAUGGUCCUAUUCACUUUCGUGCUCUGUCCAAUAUCUUUUGGCGCCCAGUUCGUGGAAUGAUUCCACACAAGACCAAGCAUGGAGAGGCUGCACUUGCUAGGUUGAAAGUAUACGAGGGAAUUCCUCCACCAUAUGACAAGAUCAAAAGGAUGGUGGUACCUGAUGCCCUUAAGGUGUUAAGGCUUCAAAAGAGCCACAAAUAUUGCUUGCUUAGGCAGUUGUCAUCCGAGGUUGGAUGGAAUUAUUAUGACACCAUCAAGGAGCAGAAGGAAGAAAGAGAAAGCAGAUUGAAGGGAAGAAAGAGAAUAUGUGAUUAG